CGCCUCAGUGAGGUCAUUCAGCGCGCAGCACCGGAAGCAGUCCGCCCAGGUGUCGGUGUGAGGCUCCGGGCCGUUAAAGCAGCGCGAUGAGCCGCCUGAGAGUCCUGCAGAGGCUGCAGACCUGCAGCCGGACCAGGUGCGAACCCCGCAGAGGGCUGUCGGCCCGGGGGACCGGGACCGGGACCGUGAACGUGUUCAACAGGGAGAUGAAGAAGAGGCAGAAGAACUGGGCGGCGUCGGUGGCGGACGGACACCAGUACGACUACCUGAAGGACGAGGUUGGCAGUCGAGUGGCAGAUCGCGUCUACGACGUUGCGAGGACGUUUCCUCUGGCUCUGGACAUCGGCGGCGGGAAAAGUCACAUUGCAGAGCACUUAAGCAAGGAAGUUGUGGAGCGUUUGUUCCUGACAGACGUCUCAGAGGAAACUCUGAAGCAGAGGAGACAGAGCGAGAUCCCGACCCGCUGCGUUCUAGCUGACGAGGAGUUUCUGCCGUUUAAAGAAAACACCUUCGACCUGGUGGUGAGCAGCUUGAGUCUGCACUGGAUAAAUGACCUGCCCGGAGCUCUCAAACAGAUCCACCAGGUGCUGAAGCCGGACGGGGUGUUCAUCGGGGCGAUGGUGGGCGGGGAGACCCUGUACGAGCUGCGGUGUUCCCUCCAGCUCGCCGAGACCGAGAGGGAGGGAGGCUUCUCCCCCCACGUCUCCCCCUACACCGCCGUCACCGACCUGGGCAACCUGCUGGGCCGGGCCGGCUUCACCAUGCUCACUGUGGACAUUGAUGAUGUUCAGGUUCAUUAUCCAGGAAUCAUUGAAGUCAUGACUGACUUACAAGGUAUGGGUGAGAGCAACUGUGCUUGGAACAGGAGAUCACUGUUGCACAGAGACACCAUAUUAGCAGCAGCAGCUAUUUAUAAAGAGAUGUAUGGUAACGAGGACGGGUCCGUCCCUGCCACCUUCGAGAUCCUCUACAUGAUCGGCUGGAAGCCUCACGAGUCACAGGCCAAACCAGCGAAGCGAGGCUCGGCCAACGUGUCGUUUGGGGAUUUGUCAAAGAUCGGCCAGCCGACCAGCACAACCAAGUCGUAGAAGCCUGUGAGCCAACGAACAGCUGACAUACUGCAGAUUGUAAAUAAUAUAUUUUAUUUAAACAGCCAUGUUUUGUUGCCGGGUUAAAAGCGAAGUGAUGUAAUAUUCUCUGAAAUAAAGUUGAGCAAUGGAAACAG